AUGCCCAAUUCUGUAGCAAGGAACUCCAUUCCCAGGAGCCAAGCCGAGGUCCGAUUCUGCAGGCCGAAUGGCUCAAUCUCACAGCAAUGGACUCAAGUCCCAGAAGCCAGGCUCAAGCCCAUGGAGAAGAGACCCAGGCCCCAGGAGCAAGCCUCAAUCCCAUGGAGAAGAGACCCAGGUCCCAGGAGCCAGGCUCAACCCCAUGGAGAAGAGACCCAGGCCCCAGGAGCAAGCCUCAAUCCCAUGAAGAAGAGACCUGAUUACAGGAGCAAGCCUCAAGCCCAUAAAGAGACCCAGGUCCUAGGAGCAAGCCUCAAUCCCAUGGAGAAGAGACCCAGGUCCGAGAAGCAAGCCUCAACCCCAUGGAGAAGAGACCCAGGUCCCAGGAGCCAGGCUCAACCCCAUGGAGAAGGGACCUGA